AUGAUGAAAGGGAACUAUUCAUAUGAACGACAUGGGUCACAACAUUUUAACAUAAAUAGCUAUGGUUCUAGAAUAAAUAGCAAGAAUAAUAAUAAUAAUAAUAAUAAAACAGAUAAAUAUGAUUAUUCAUAUUAUAACGGGAAAACAAACUACGGAUAUUAUAGAGAAGGUAACUACUAUUUUAAUGAUGAAGUUAGUUAUAAAAUAAAAAAUAGAAUGAAUAAAUAUGAAUAUUCUUAUGAUAAUUAUGGAGAGUAUCGAUACUCUAAAAACAAUAAUUCAAAAAAUGGAAAUGAAAAAAAAUAUUAUCACUAUUAUAAAGAUAAAUAUAAUAAAAAUAAUUUAAACACUAACACACACUUUGAAAAAAUAAAUAGUGACAACAAUAUGUCAAAUAAACAAAAUAAAAGUACUGAAAAUAAUUCUACUAAAAUUAAUGAAUUAAUAAAUAAUAUAUAUUAUAAGAUUUCUUAUUAUUUAAAAAAAAAUCGAAAAUAUUUAAAUAAAAUACUCCAACAAAAUUAUGAAAUAAAUAUUUAUCUUAUAAGACAUAUGGAAGCACAACAUAAUAAACAACAUGUUGAAGAUUUAGAUACCCCAAGAGAUUUGAUAUACAAACGACCUAUCUAUUUGGAUAGUGUAGCUACUGAAGAGGGAAUAAAAAUGUGUGAGGAUGUAAGGAAUUAUCACCUGAACGGUACAGGUAAAAGUGGGUGCAAUAAAAUGCAUGACAUAUAUUAUAAAGAAAUAAUUCAACUAUACAAUGAUUAUAUUGAAAAAUGUGAUAAAGAACAGCAAACUAGUAAAGAAAAUAGCAAAGAAAGUAGAAAAGAAAGUAGCAAAGAAAAUAAAAAAGAAAAUAAAAAAGGAGUAUUUGAACGAAACAACAAUUUUGUUAUAAUAUCGUCGCCUCUAAGAAGAUGUUUACAAACAAUGAAGUAUUUGUUCAAUUUUAAAAAAAAUAUAGUUAUUUAUGAACCAAUAAGAGAAAUAUCGGGUAGUUAUAUUACUGAUCAAAGAUCAAAAACAUCUGAAGUUAAAAAAUUUUGUGAUAAUAAUUUUGAUGAAUAUGAAUUAAUGUGUUUUGGUGAAGAAGAUAUAAUGAGUGUAGAAAGAUUUAGAGAAUCAUCUUGUCAAGUAUAUUUCCGUUGCUUACAGUUUUUAAAGUUUGUACAUUCCCUAGCUAUUAAUUAUUUUGCAUCUAUAGAACGCGAAAAUGAUUCUAUGAGUUUGGAUGUGAAAAUAGGAAAUUCGAAGAGCCCCAAAGGAAAUAGUAACCAAUCCAAUAUGAAAAAUAAUGAAGAAAAACAAAAUUCAACUCCAAAUUCUGAAAUCGAUGAUUAUAUAAACGAUAAAUGUAACAAUGAAGAAACAUGUACAAAAACAAACGAAAAAAAUAAAAAGUCUUUUAAUAUAGUCGUUGUAUCACAUAGUUCCUAUUUAUUACAUCUUUUAGCGUUACUUGAUUAUCUAAAUUUAGAUGCUAGAAAUUUUAAUAAUUGUGAUAUUAGAAAAAUAACAAUACCCUUAACUAAUACAUUUUUAUUUUUUAAUAAUAUAAUUAACUUACAGCUAGCUAAACCAGUGAUAUCAAAUAAUAUGCCUUUAUGUUUUAGGGACAAACAAAAAAAUGUUUUGAAAAAAACUUAUAAAGAUAAAAAUAUAUAUACACUAAAUAGCAUAAAUGAUAUAGAUGAUAUAAUUUGUGAAAGCCCUUGUACAAUUAUUAUAUACCAGUAUAAUGAGUUAAUAAAAAAUCAAAAUAACUAUAAAAAAUAUUUAGAAAAAAUCAAAAAUUUUAUAGAUAAUAAUAACAAGGAGUUUCAGUUAAAAAACGGGUAUUUUUCCAACGGAAUGUAUAAAAAAUAUGUUUUAAAAAAAGGGAAAAAUGAUGAUAAUAGUGAAAAUAAUAUGUACAAUUUAGGUCGAGAUAUUCUCGUUACAGAUGCAAGUGAGCAUCUCGGUUUUUCCGAAAGAAAACAAGCAUGGGAACUUAACAGGAAGGGAUAUAUUGCAGGGCAGAAUGUAAUAUUAAUAGUAUUACCUGAUGUUGAAAAUGCACCCAAAAAAACUAAUGCACCAAAUAAUAAAGGAAUUGAAACGGAUCUCGACACUAAAACAAAUGAUGAUGAUAAUGAAGACCUUGGUUCUCUAAAAAAUGUUACUAAAAUUAUAGACAAUUAUGAUAGUGUUCAAGAUUUAAUAAAAUCGCCAGAUUUUUGGAUAUCGAUAAAAAAAAAUAUAGAUAAUAUAAAUUUAAAUUCAUUUCAUGAAUAUAUAAUUAAAAAAUACAACAAAAUAUUGACGACAGAAAAUGAAGAUUUCUGCUAUAUCGAUUUAGUAGCAUCACUUGAAAACAAAAAUUUUAUUAACAAGUAUGGAAAUAUGUUUAAUGGCUAUUUUAAAAAAUUAAAAGAAAAAUAUAAUAAUAAUAAUUCAUCACUAAACUUGGAAAAAGAAUGUAAGUAUAUAAAUGAAAAUUUAAUCAACAAAAUAUUCCCUCAAGAAUAUGAAACAUCAAAAGAUGAAGACGAAACUGGGGAAGUUUCGAUGAAUUCAAAUUUGACUUCACAGCGAAAUACUUUAAACAACCAUGAUAAGAUAAAUAUUGUAAAAAAAAAAUUUAUUUAUAUACCAAACAAAUAUAAUGAUAAAAAUAAAAUGACAAAACAAAAAAAUAACGAUAAUUAUAAUAUUAGCAAUAGCAUUGUUCCUAAUAAUAAAGCAUUUGUUAUGGAAAAUAUAAAAGUUUUAAAAUCUUUUCCUCAAUCUAUUCAAAAUUUAAAUGUAGAAAUGUUUUAUCGUGAUAAGUUUUUUUAUUUUAAUUGUCUACAUAAAUUUAUAAAAAGUAAAAAUAAAAUUGAAGGUCUAGUACUAGCCAAGUUAUUAGCAUUUCUCGAUUUACUUAAAGCAUUUAAUUUUAAUUCUACUAGUAAAAUAUUUCAAAAACUUACAAAAUUAGAUGAUAUUAUUUAUACAAAUACAAUUGAAGAUUCAUCACAAAUAGUUAAUACAUAUUCAUGCGAUAAAAAACCUGUACCUGUUAAUAACACUUUCUAUUUUUCAGCAUCCGCUAAGAAAUACAAAGAUAUACAGACACUAAAGGGGAGAAAAAAGGGAAUAGUUGACGAUUUAAAUUAUAUAAGAUAUAAUAUGUUAACAAUAUCUGGUGGCGCCGAGAAUGUAUAUAUACUAAACGUGCUUAGCUGA